UAAUUAAAAUCCCACCAACAAAUUCUUGUUCCCAUAAACCUCACUUUGUCACUCUCUCUUUCCCAACUCCCAACACUUUUCCUCCUCACACUUUUCCGAUCAUUUUUCCGGCAAGACCGUCGGAAAAUAUCCAUUUCUGUCGACUCAAGCUACUUUACCAUCGUAUCCAUGCUUCCUGUAACAGACACCUCAUCGUCUUCUCCAGACCGACCUAUAAAAAAACCUAAAACCCCUCCCAAAUUACUAUCACUGUCACCGUCAUCUUCAACCUCUGAUUUCAGUAAACCUUCACUUUUCACUUUCUCUCUCCUCCAUAACCACCCUCGCUCAUGCCUCCUCCUCUUCGUCCUCCUCCUUCAACUCCUCCUCCUCUCCUUCUCCGGCCAUCGUCCAGUAUCGCUCACCGCCACUUCCGCUCCUUUCUCCGUCGCCAUUGUAAACCCUUACACUUACUCUAACUCAAUUUCCCCCAAUCCAAGCCCUAAUUCAGAAGAAUGCGAGCUCGGGAGAAUCUUCGUGUACGAUCUUCCACCAAAAUUCAACUCCGACAUUUACAAAAACUGCGACAACCUAAGCCCCUGGGGCUCCCGCUGCGCCGCCCUCUCAAACGACGGCUUCGGAACUAAAUCAACCGGAAUCAACCGUAUCAUGCCGGAAAAACUCGCCGAAGUUUGGUACAACACUGAUCAAUUCGCUUCCGAAAUAAUCUUCCAUAACCGUCUACUCUCCCACAAAUGUCGAACCCUAAACCCGCAAUCUGCUACAGCGUACUACAUCCCAUUCUACGCUGGACUCGCAGUAGGUAAAUAUCUAUGGUCCGAUUACACCCCAAAACAAAGAGACCACCAUUGCAAAACCGUCCUUAAAUGGGUCGAGUCGGAGUAUCCAUAUUUCAACAGAUCCAACGGUUGGGAUCAUUUCCUUACCAUGGGGAGAAUCACAUGGGAUUUCCGCCGUUCAAAAGAUCAUGAUUGGGGGUCGAAAUGUAUCCACUUACCAUUGAUGAGGAACAUCACACGGUUGUUAAUUGAGAAGAAUCCAUGGGACUAUUUCGAUAUCGGUGUACCUUACCCCACCGGAUUCCACCCCAAAAACCCAUCCGACGUCGUUUUAUGGCAGGAUUUUGUAAAAUCACGUGAGCGGCACUCGCUAUUCUGCUUCGCCGGUGCUACACGUGGCACUAUUGUAAACGAUUUCCGGGGAGUUUUACUGAGUCAAUGUAAGAACUCGUCCGAGUCAUGCCGAGUUGUCGACUGCGGUGGUAAUAAAUGCGUUAACGGAACGUCGGAAAUUCUCGAAACGUUUCUUGAUUCGGAGUUUUGCUUACAGCCUAGGGGUGAUAGUUUCACGCGCCGGUCUAUUUUUGAUUGCAUGUUGGCCGGUUCGAUUCCGGUUUUUUUCUGGAGACGGUCGGCUUAUUAUCAGUAUCAGUGGUUUUUACCGGGUGAACCGGGGAGUUACUCGGUUUUUAUUCACCGUGAUGAGGUUAAAAAUGGGACAUUGGUAAAAAAUGUGCUUGAAAAGUUUAGUAAAGAGGAGGUAAAAAAGAUGAGGGAAAAAGUUGUGGAAUUUAUUCCUAAAUUUAUUUAUGCGAAACCCUAUGAAGGGUUGGGAACCGUAAAAGAUGCCGUUGAUGUUGCCGUCGAUGGGGUUUUAAAGAGAAUCAAGGACCAAAAAGAGUUUAAUUAUAAGUGGUAAUUAUAGUUUAGAAUAUAUGAUUAUUUUUUACUUUGUGUAUAAUUAUUUGCUAUUGUUAGCUUGUUACACAUACUAUAUUUUUGUCCACUUUGUAAAGUGUGAUCGAGUCAUAUUUUAUGGCAAUAAUACUUCGUAAUUUGUA